CAUAUUAUCAUAUACCCAAUAUCUUAAGUUUUGAGUCAAGAUGUAAUAUCUAGGUCUCUUGAUAGUCCUGCGCAUUAGCCUGAUGUGUUCAACAGUUCCCCAGUCUCCAAAGCAAAAGUCUUCACUUGAAAGAAAACGAGUCAGUUGACAUUUGGUCAGCAUACCAUGUUUUAAGCUGAUUAGACUAGAUUAGACACCACACACUUGUUGGUUUUAUUUUUUUGGAAUUUGCAUUAAUUAGUAGCACAUGAGAAGACUUGGACUAAGCCGUCUCAAUUGAAUUUGAAAUCUGAUAAAAUGAAAAUGAUCAUUGAAGACAAAUCCAUACAAACACAAUGGAGAACCAUCAUAAGGUGCUAAUGUUAAUGGUGUAUACUUUCUUCUUUUCCUCCACACCAUCUUUCUCUAAACAAAACACUUUUACUACUAUUGUUCCAUAUCAGUUUAUCCAAUAUAAUGACACCCUUGUUUCUGCAGCAGGAACCUUUGAAGCUGGUUUUUUCAACUUUGGAGAUCCACAACGCCAAUACUUUGGUAUAUGGUACAAGAGGAUGUUACCAAGGACUAUUGUCUGGGUUGCCAACAGAAAUAAUCCAAUACAAAACUCAACUGUAAUACUGAAACUCACUCAUCAGGGAAGCCUUGUUAUUCUUGAUGGCUCCAGAGGUGUAAUCUGGUCCUCCAAUUCAUCAAGAAUCGAGUCAAAAUCAGUUGUUGUGAAGUUGUUGGAUUCAGGAAACCUUGUUGUGAAAGAUGCAAACAUCAGCAGUGAGAAUGGGAAGGUCUUGUGGGAAUCCUUUGAUUAUCCUGGUAAUACUUUCCUUUCUGGAAUGAAGCUGAGAAGUAAUUUACUUACGGGUCCUUAUAAAUAUAUCACAUCUUGGAGAAGUCCUAAUGAUCCUGCUGAUGGAGACUUUUCGUAUCGGGUAGAUACUCACGGUUUUCCUCAACUGAUUGUUGCAAAGGGAACAAAACUUCUGUAUAGAGCGGGGUCAUGGAAUGGAUUUCUUUUCACUGGUUUCUCUAGGCAAACGCAUGGAAUCUAUAAUCUCUCGUUCGUGGUCAAUGACAAGGAAAUCUGUUAUCAAUAUGAAAUUAUGAGCAGUUCAAUUACUUCUAGAAUGACGCUAGAUUCCGACGGAUUUCAACAUAAUUUUCUAUGGUUAGAUAUGACCGAAAAUUGGAAGGUUACGGUUACUCGUCCUGCAAACCGUUGUGAUCAUUAUGCCUUUUGUGGUAUCAACUCUAACUGCAACAUUAAUGACUCCCCAAUAUGUGAAUGUUUGGAUGGUUUCGUACCAAAAUUUCAAGCAAAAUGGAACUCAUCAGAUUGGUCUGGUGGGUGUGUAAGGAGAACAAAAUUGAAUUGUGUUAAUGGAGAUGGAUUUUUCAAGUACGCAAACAUGAAAUUGCCAGACACGUCAUCAUCUUGGUUUGACAAGAGGUUGAGUCUUGAGGAAUGUAAGACAGUGUGUUUGAAAAACUGUUCUUGCAUUGCAUAUGCAAAUUUAGAUGCCAGAGAUGGUGGGAGUGGCUGCUUGCUUUGGUUUGAUGUCAUUGUGGACAUGACAAAACAUGUAGACCAAGGGCAAGACAUUUACAUACGACUCGCAUCCUCAGAAUUAGAUCAUAUAAAGAAUAAAAGGAACUUGAAUAUGAAGAAGCUUGUCGGGACUUUCGGAGGAGUUAUUGCUUUCAUCUUAGGACUUACAGCUCUUCUAUUGGUCUCAUCAACAUUUAGGAAGAAGCUUGGGUAUAUUAAAAAGUUAAUUCUGUGGAACCACAAGGAGGAGAAGAAAGAAGAUGACUUGGCAACAAUAUUUGAUUUUUCAACUGUCAUUAAUGCCACAAAUAACUUUUCUAACAAAUACAAGUUAGGUGAAGGUGGCUUUGGACCGGUGUACAAGGGUAUAUUGGCAUAUGGACAAGAAGUUGCUGUUAAGAGACUUUCUAAAACAUCAGGACAAGGAACUGAAGAGUUCAAAAAUGAAGUAAAAUUGAUGGCAACACUUCAACACCGUAAUCUUGUAAAACUUCUUGGUUGUUCAAUUCAACAAGACGAAAGGCUGUUGAUCUAUGAGUUCAUGCCCAACAGAAGCUUGGAUUUCUUUAUUUUUGAUAGUACGCGAAGUAAAUUACUAGAUUGGACUAAGCGCUUGGAAAUUAUUGACGGAAUUGCUCGGGGGAUGCUGUAUCUCCAUCAAGAUUCUACACUAAGAAUCAUACAUAGAGAUCUCAAGACAAGCAAUAUUCUUCUUGAUAUUAAUAUGAUCCCAAAGAUAUCAGAUUUUGGUUUAGCCAGAUCAUUUAUGGAAGACCAAGCUGAGGCCAAUACAAAUAGAGUGAUGGGAACAUAUGGAUAUAUGCCUCCAGAAUAUGCCGUGCAUGGAUCUUUCUCGUUAAAAUCUGAUGUUUUUAGCUUUGGAGUCGUUGUACUUGAGAUAAUUAGCGGUAAGAAGAAUCGCGGUUUUUGUGACCCUCAAAAUCAUCUAAACCUUCUUGGCCAUGCAUGGAGACUGUGGAUCGAAGAAAGGUCACUGGAGUUAAUAGCGGACAUAUUAUAUGAUGAGUCCGUAUCUUCAGAAAUAAUACGAUUUAUUCAUGUGGGUCUAUUGUGUGUACAACAUAAACCUGAAAAUAGGCCAACCAUGUCAUCUGUGGUUUUUAUGUUAAAGGGUGAAAAGUUACUCCCAAAACCAAGUGAACCCGGAUUCUACGCAGGAAGAGAUAAUACAAUUAGCACAGGAUCUUCUUCGAAAGGGUGUUCAGUAAAUGAAGCUUCAAUCUCAUUGUUAGAGGCCAGAUAGAACGCCACUGUGACACUUAUUUGGAUCAAAUACCGUUCAAAUGUGCAAAAAAUUGGUUUUGGCAAAUAUAAAGAUAAAUAGAGCAUAUAAUACUCCUUUGUUGUACAUGUGUAAUUUUAUGUUAGUAUGAUUCUAGAUAAAUUCCUAUAGAAAAAAGCAGAGUUCAAAAUUUUGUUUGAAAGAAGAUACUAAUGUAUCUGGGUUAUGAUUUUGAGACAUUAUCUGGUACUUUUAAUCAAUUGUUGUAGCAAUGUGAUAGAAUUUUAAAGGGAAAACUGAAAUUUCACAUGGCCACUUGCUUACUCCAAAUUGAACAUGUGCUGACCA